AUGCGCCUUCUUGCUUCGGCCAUCGUCGGGGCUCUCUUCGUCUCUGCGGCUCCUGCCAACCUCGCUGGAGGGCACGAGCACGAGCACGAACACGAACACUCUCUCGUAACUCGUGCGGACGGAACUAAAGUUGCUGUUGUUGCCUGCAUGGACCCUCGUAUCAACAUGGACUUCCUUCUCAAGCAACUCAGCCUUACGUCUGCCAAUUCAUACAUCGUCCGCAACGCUGGCGGUAGGGCAAAGGAAGCGCUUCGAUCGGUUAUAGUCAGCCAGGAGUUCCUCGGCACAAGCGAAGUACACGUCGUCCACCAUACUGAUUGCGGAAUGGCCAACCAAUCCGAGGGAAGUAUGCGCAAGAGGUUCUACAAAUCCGACGACAAAUCCCGCACAGUCAUGGUCAACGAUAUGGAAUUUUUGCCAAUUCGUACCACGAACUAUACCGAAUCGGUCCUUGACGACACUGCGCUCAUCGAGUCUCACCCUCUGGUCAAGGCCGGCAGCAAGGUGUACCCCACGGCUGCCUAA